CACUCGGUGCUGUGCGCGCCUCGGAAGCCUUGAGCCACCCUGGCUUUCGGCUGCUGCUGCUCCUCGGUGGCUCUCCCAAAGCAAGCCUCUGUGGCUGGCUACGGCAGCGCUUUGGGGACAAAAAUCUUCCCGCGUCUGUGGGCUCUGCUUUGCACGGCUUCGUUCCGUAGGCCGAUCUGGGGCGGCAAGUGUUAGCGUCUCCACUGCUCUGCUACCUAAGACAUAGGAGGAGGCUGAGCCCCACGCAGAGUUCGGGCUGACUUGGGCCUGAGCCCAGCGGGACGCCGUCCUUACCCGGAUGUUGCGAUGGCUGAUCGGGGGAGGCCGAGAACCUCAGGGACUGGCCGAGAAAUCUCCUGUACAGACAAUAGGCGAAGAACAAACCCAGAACCCCUACACUGAACUGCUUGUACUGAAAGCUCAUCAUGACAUUGUACGAUUUCUGGUACAGUUAGAUGACUACAGAUUUGCAUCUGCUGGUGAUGAUGGAAUUGUAGUUGUAUGGAACGCCCAGACGGGAGAAAAACUUUUGGAACUCAGUGGACACACUCAAAAGAUAACAGCUAUUACUACAUUUCCUUCCUUGGAAGCUUGUGAAGAAAAAAAUCAACUGAUCUUGACAGCCUCUGCUGAUAGAACAGUUAUUGUAUGGAAUUGUGAUACUGGCAGACAAGUUCAGAAAGUAUCAUACUUCCAGUCUACUGUAAAGUGUUUAACUGUUCUUCAGAGACUAGAUGUUUGGCUGUCUGGUGGGAAUGACCUAUGUGUGUGGAACCGAAAAUUUGAUCUCCUGUGUAAGACUAGUCACCUUUCUGAUACAGGGAUCAGUGCUUUGAUUGAAAUACCUAAGAACUGUGUUGUGGCAGCAGUUGGCAAAGAAUUGAUUAUUUUCAGGUUGGUAGCACCCACAGAAGGAUCACUAGAAUGGAACAUUCUUGAAGUUAAGCGUCUCCUUGAGCACCAGGAUAAUAUUCUCUCAUUGGCUAAUGUCAAUGAUUGGCGUUUUGUAACUGGCUCCCAUGUGGGAGAGCUCAUCAUCUGGGAUAUCAUGGACUGGACGGUGCAGGCCUGUGAACGAAACUUCUGGGACCCAUCUCCGCAGCUGGACACCCAGCAAGAAAUAAAACUCUGUCAAAAACCAAAUGACAUUUCUAUUCAUCAUUUCACAUGGGAUGAAGAGAAUGUAUUUGCUGCAGUCGGAAGGGGUUUGUACGUGUAUAACCUUCAAAUGAAGCGUGUGAUCGCCUGCCAGAAAACGGCUCAUGACUCCAGUGUCCUGCACCUUGCCAAGCUUCCAAACAGGCAGUUAAUCUCAUGCUCAGAAGAUGGCAGUGUACGCAUUUGGGAGUUACGAGAAAAACAGCAGCUUGCCGCUGAACCAGUACCAACAGUUUUUUUUAACAUGUGGGGAUUUGGAAGAGUGAACAAACAAGCCAGCCAACCUGUUAAAAAGCAACAAGAAAAUGCCACUUCAUGUUUACUGGAGCUUAUUGGAGAUUUGAUUGGACACUCGUCAUCUGUAGAGAUGUUUCUAUACUUUGAAGAUCAUGGCCUAGUGACAUGUUCUGCUGAUCACCUCAUUAUUUUGUGGAAAAAUGGAGAACGAGAAUCUGGAUUGCGCAGUUUAAAAUUAUUUCAAAAAUUAGAGGAGAAUGGUGACUUAUAUCUUGCUGCCUAGUUUAAGGACUUCAGGAUACGUAUGAAUGAACCUUGAACAUCAAAUAGAGGGUAAUACUCUGAAAUCCAUUAAUGUAGUGAUCACUUAAAUGUGUAAUGUGUAUUUUUUUUUCUUGUCGCUCCAAAAACGCUGUUUGAAUUUUUGUGGGCAUGGAAACCAGCAACAGAUUGCUUCUUAGGUAUUAGUACAUCUACCAAUGAAUAUACCUCAAGUAUUUUAGCAAAUUUUCACAUCACAGUAAAAAUAUACAGAAUUAAAUUAUUCCACAGUGUCCCUAUAGGCAAUUAAAAUUGUUUUUGCUUUAAAAAAAUUCUACACAAGAAAUUACAAGCUUAUGUUUAAGAAGGAGAAUAGUAGUCAGAACCUCUGAAAUUAGUAUAAUUUUAUCUCGAAUUAAAUUCCUAUCCAAAGUGAAUAUUUUAACUACACCUGUUCAUUCCCUUAAAAAUAUAUUUAAUGAACCUACUUUUAAGGAAAUAAACAUGAUAAUUCCAGAAGAUAUUUGGGAGAAAAAUGGAAAAAACCCACUGAAGAACAGGUAGGAUGCAGUGUAUCUGAAUUUAAACCUGAGAUCUCCAGGAGAUGGCGCCUUCCCUGUAGGAAAUGAAGAUCCUGUAGUAGCUGCGCUUGGCGCUGCUGUGGACGUGGUGAGUUCUGCGAGUGCCUUAGUUUGCACGGAGACCUUGUGAAGAGGUGCAGGUAGAGAGGACAGUCAAGUUGUGGCAUUAAUUAGAAGGUUUUAUUAUUUGGUUUUCUUUAGAGCCCGCUGAUGAUAUAUUUAAAUACAUCCGUUCUCCUACACAUUCCCCUGGUCUUUAGUAAUUAUCAAUGUUCUUGUUCUAUAGAACAAACCUAAAUCUCUCACUGUUUAACUACAACCUUUUUUUGUUUGUUUGCCAAAUAAUUUGUUUAAGUCAUUUUUUAGUUUUAGUUCUAGCUACUAAAAUGCCUAUAGACUCAAAUUAAUAGCAAUCUUAUGAAGGCGUACUCUUCCCCCAGUGUGAACUGGCUGAACAGCUAUUGGCUGGAUUGGUGCUACACCAGCAGCUGCCCCUUACCUAGGCCAGUGAAGAGUUACAGUGUUUCCAAAGUCAGAGACGGCAGCCCGAAGUGCCCCAUCCAUCUCACCACCGACGCCAAUAUGAAGUACUUGAGAAAGGCUUCACUUGCAGUGGCCACUGAGAGGUUUAGUCACCUUUAUCACCCACUGGCUUAUAUCAGAGCACUCUUUCCCUUCUGGUACUAAAGAAUAAAAGUUAAAAAGCGUUCCACACAUUAAAAAAUGGGUGAGUUUAAUUGUGGAGUUAAAACUGCUGAGGAAAGAAUCCUAUGAAAGUAAGUGCAAGGUGAUGGAUAUGUCAGGACUGAUUUUUUCCAGGACACUUUCUCAGAUUUAUUUGUUCAUCUCUCUCUCUUUCACACACACUCGAUGGAAUCUUUGUAAAGUGCUGUUUUUACUAGUUUUACCUUUUACCUCCACAAACUGCUCACAAAGACUGGAAGAGCUAAGGCCACCUGUGCCAGACCAUGCCAUAAUGUUAUAAAAUGAGGAAACUGAGGCCCAGACAGGUAAGGCCUUGCAAUUUGUUAGCUCUAGUCCAUUAUCAUUGGGCAGCUUUCAAAAUAGAAAUUGAAGAGGACUGGAAUAAGAGAGAAAGGCUUACAUGACUACCACUGGAGGAAAACUGAAGACUAUGAGUAGGAAAAGGAGCAAUUCAUUUUAGCCCACUAAUGGUUGGUACUGUGGAGUCUAAUCAUUCAUCCUGAAAUUGGAGCCCGGGCCAGUAGCGUCCCUCCACCAGGCAGACAUGCUUUCUGGUCUGAGUGCGUCAGAUGGUUGAUCAGUUUGAUUAAGUAUCUGAGAAUCAUUUUCAGGCUCUUAAUUUUUCUCUAUAGAUGGACUUGACUCCAUUACUAGCUAGCGUUUUCUUGUGUUAUUUAAGGUAUAUUUAAUGAAGGUAUAUUUAAUGAAUUUUAUUUCCUAAUCUGUUCUGGGCUAGUAUUUUGUGAUAGUAAUCUAUUCACAUGGUGUGAUACAAGCCACAGGUGAGUUUUGGGAGCAAAUAAUAAGCACCACUGUAAAUCCCUCUGUUAGACUGUAGUUAGUUUUCUGCCUGGGGAAACUCAUAUGUUUAGAGGGAAGCCUCCAACCCAUUCACUGGACUUAAUGGUUUUUGCUUUCAUGAAUGCCCUAAUUUAGAAGAAUACAGUUAUAAUUGAGGUCAACA